CAAUACACGGACGGUGUAUCAGGCUGCGGGAUUUUGUUCACGGUAGAACGGCAUCGUCAACGUUAUGCGGGACAAUAUUAAGCAUGUUUUGUUAUGCAUUUACUGUAUAUACCCAUGUUCGGGAUUCUUCUUUUUCUCGUCGCCUUCUGAAGGAUCAUCACAGGUCACGAUGGCCGGUCAAGGUGGCGGGACAAGCCCGCCGUUGACCACUCACAUACUGGACACGGCGCGUGGUCAACCGGCAAAUGGCGUGGCUAUGACUCUUUCCAAGCUGGACCAGAGUGGACAAUGGCAGACCAUGGAGACAGGGAUAACAAACACAGAUGGAAGAGGAGGGUUUUUCGGUAGCAGUGACCAGUGGACAGCUGGGACUUACAAACUCUACUUUGAUACAGGAUCCUACUUUGCCAGCCUUCACACCAAGGGGUUUUACCCGUAUGUAGAGGUGGCGUUUCAUGUUGAAGACCCGGGUCAGCAUUACCACGUGCCUCUGUUGUUGAGCCCGUAUAGCUACUCCACCUAUCGGGGCAGUUAGUACAAAGUGACAAGGGAGAUAACUAACAACCAAAUAGUAUAUAUAUAAUCUGUUGUUUUUAUUCAGCUUGUAAUUUUAAUCCAUAAAUAUAAAUACAAAUGUUAUAACUGUAAAUGGAUCCUGAACUUAUACUUAAGUAAAUUAUGACAUACAACAACUACAAACUGGCUUACAAUUUAUAUAUUGUUUUUAAAUAGAUUUUUACGUUUUACAUCCUUUGACCAGCUAUGGUCAUUGAAGGACGGUGUUUUAACUAUAAACAGAUAUGGCUGUGAGGAGUCGGUAUGCCGUACUAUCUUACGUGUUUAGCACUGUGUACAUGUACAUUAUGUAUUGACACAGAUUUGGAAAAGACUUAUGAAGACACAAGUGAAAUAUAAACUUUCUAAUAGAUUAUAUUUACAAGUUCCAUGUAACAUUUUCAAAUAUGUGGAAUAUCUUACACAUUUGUCGACUCACAAUUUGGCAAUACAUAUGUAGAUAUAUAGUUUACAUUGAUUUUACACUGUAUUUAUACUGAGAUGUUCUAAACAACAUAAACAAUAUAACCAAACAAUACAGCUGACGAUGUCAUUUC